GACACAAACAAGUCUGAUUUGGUGACACCGAGGAUUGAUCAAGCUGUGGAGAUGUAUCGUCACCGGCAACAGCAGCGCUCAAACCCGCAACCGUCCUCUACAGAUUCCAGUGUUAUACAGUCAGUCACUGACACAGAACAAAGUCCAGGCCCUUCCAGACAUCGGUCUUUUGUCAAAGGAAAGACCAAGUUUGUAGAAAAUGAUCAAGAUAAGAGAUUGGAACAGCUUGAGGAACAGAUUGCCCAGUUACUGAACAAAGCAAAGAGUGAUAUGGUAGUGAAAAGCUCGAGCGAGGAUUUUCCGGAGAGUUCAAGCACAGCUGAUUGUCCAAGAGUGACUAGACUUGAGGCAGAGAGAGACAAAACCAUGUCAGGUGAUAGCGAUUGUGGGCAUGCUGCUGAUGAUAGAAAAACAAAGAUGAAAAGGUCACGGCUUCCCAGUUACAGGAAAAGUACAGCUUCAUCAAGAGCGAGAAAAGACGCACAAGCUAAGUAAGUC